GAUGUUUGCACAUAUAGUUUUGCUAGUGACUGUGUGCGCUUUUGUGAGCUCGAGGGAACCGGAAUGUUCAAGAUUUCACUAUGAAGAGAAAACGCUUGAAAAGAUGAUUAAAACUGAAAUAUAUGUGGACAAAAUAAAAUCGGAGACUGAAAACAUGCAGCAAAGAAUGUCCGAGAAACUUGAUGGAAUCCAAAAAGCAUGGAAGAAAACGGAGCGUGAAUUAAAAGAUGCGAUAGAAGACAAUAAGAAAGCGGUUGAGGAAAUCAAAGAUGAAAUAGAUGUAUCUACUACUCAGAUGCCAGUGGUAGCUUUCCAAUCCUAUUUCUUGAAGGAAACCUCCAUAGAAAAUGGACAGACGUUAAUAUUUACGAAAACUGUUUACGACAAGGGUCUUGGCUACAACAACCGAACAGGGGUGUACACAACACCUGUGAGUGGUGCGUAUCUAUUCAGUGUGCAGCUUUGUAUUUUCGUUGACAAGUUUGUGCACGUCGAAAUUGUUCAUGAAGAUGCCACAAUUAUAAAAGUGCGUUUAGUGGACGAGGACCAGAGGUACCAUUCUUGCAGUACAGUAACCGGUGUUGCCGUCCUCAGCAAAGGUGAGAGAGUCUGGGUGAAAAGCAUCAUAUCAUCGACUGGAGAAAACAUCUGGAGAAACCCAGACAUAGUAUGGAAUAGCUUUUCCGGAGUACUUAUUAAUAGAAGUGACUGAUUACAUUCUAAGCUGCAUGUUGACAUCUUCAUGUUGGUUGUUAACAAUAAAAGAAUCACUAAUAGAUAUUGCCAUCGUAUUUGGUCUCCUACGGGUUGAAAAAAAUUUUCGGAGACUAUAAGUUUACUUCUCGUCUAUUUUCCCUUCAUUUUUGACAAUAUACUCUUGUAACUUGGCAAAAACAUUAACCGCAACAAGACGAUUGUCGCUCGAAAGAACUAGAUCUUCAGCUCUAACGGUCAAUAUCACCUCUCAUGGCCAGAAACUUUUUGUCAUUCUUCUUGUCCAGUUAAUAAUUAAAUUAAAUUAAUUAGAGCAUUAAUAAAUUCACUAUCUAAUAGUUAAUUACUAGUAAUUACAAAUUGAUUUCAUAAUGGCAAAGUUUAAUUUAUGUUAGUUUGAAAUACCUUUUUUUGAGAAAGAAACUGAAAAAAACUUGGUAAUGUUCAAAUCUUUUAUUGUAGACUUUCAUACAAUUAGAAUAUUCCAAGCCCAUAAAUUAGGAUAAUAGGGUUCAUAACUUCAUAAUUGUGUGAAGUCUGCAUGCUUUGAACCAGGUAAAUAUGGCAUGUUCUGUUGGCGGCUAUUUCAUGGCGUGUGUUGCACUCGCUGAAGUAAUAGCAACAAAGGAAAAUCAAGGAAGAGAAAAAGUGAUUGUGUCUAUAAAUACAGAUCUACUCUAGGCAAGCGAUUGCGCAAACCUCAAAGCUUAUAGAAACAAAUCAUUUGAAAACUACGAACAUAUUAUUGGCAAAUAAGCAUGUUUGUUCAAAUUAACAAUUUCUGUGUGUGUGCAUGCGUGCGUGUGUGCGUGCGUGCGCGUGUGUGUUCGGGUUUAGCAACUUUUUCAACUAUUUCAGUCGUCUACAUGUACAUGUAGCAGUGAGCAUGAAGUGCUGCCUCACUGGAAUAUCACAGUUACAUCACAAUAAUAUCACAAUGACAUCGGGCUGAAUAGUCCUGGAAUUAUCGUCUUAAAGCGACUAACCAACACAUCGUGGUGUCAGAUUUCAAAAAAAAAUCAAACUUUUGCUAUAUUAACAUAUGUGCUGCAUAUUCGAUGUUCUAACAAUGUAUUUUGCAUCAAAUUCUGUUGAAAAUCGUUGUUUUCCUAAUACAAUUAAGAUAAAAACAUUCGUCUACAAUUUCAGAUAAGGGUUUCCCGGUUUAUAAAAAACGGAAUUCCCGUCAGCAAACAUCAAGUUAGGUUAUUUAACAUUGUUCUGUACAAUACGGAGAUAUAUUUGGACGAGUACCCAGCUGAGAAAACCAUAUUGGACGAGCCGUCCAAAUAUAUCUCGUAUUGUACAGUACAAUGUUAAAUAACCUUUUUAUUCUAUAUCUUUUUACCUUACUAUAAUAAUAGUUUACAUUAAAAAUGUUUCACUGAAUACUUUAUUCCUGCCUUUUCUAGUUUUUCCCAGCUUGGUAUGAGUGCAAAUAUAUAUUAUACAGAAAAAUGUUAGACCUUAAAUAACCUUUUUAUUCUAUAUUUAUUUCACUCCAUACGUAAUAUACGUAAUUCAUUGAAUGUUGUUUUUUCUGCGUAUCAUCAUUAAAAAAGUAUAUGGUGCAACCUCCCUACAGCAGCCAUUUGGCGAUUUGGGUGGUGAUAAUACUUGGCUGAGACGUUAUGCCCACAAACAUUGUCAGCAAGUUUGGUGAAGAUCGGAUGAAAACUGUUCGAAGAGCGUACAAGGCUAAAUUCCCCGUUUUUCGAGUAGUUCAAGGACUAUAAUCAAAGAGUGCCUGGUACAAUUUGGCUGGUUAUCGAAAUUGGCCGAGAUGUAAUGCCCACAAACAUUGUCAGCAAGUUUGGUGAAGAUCCGACGAAAACUGAAUUAUAGAGCAGACAUGUUUUGGAUGCUGACCGCCCGUCCGCUGCCAUUCAUAAUCUUCUCCAUUUUAUUUCUUAACCGUUAAAUAAAAACUGCUGAGGUAGCUAUUCAGACAGUCAGGGCUGAUACCAAUUUCUAGGUUUCGUCUGGAACGGCUUCUUUUAGCGACUUUUCAAAUAUUCCAACAACUGAUGAUCCUUUUUACUGUAUUUUUAAGUUUUUGAUUAUUAACGGAUGUUUUAAUAUCUAAAUCAGAUAUCAUUGUUAUCCCUUGAAUCGUUUUUGUGUGUUGUAAACUAAAAAACUCAAAUUAAAUCCAGAUUUCAAGACGCAUAAUCAAACUCUGUACAUAGAGCGCCUACUUCAUCCGAUUUACAUUCGGAACAUUUUCACGCGUUUCGGGCUUUAUCGUAUGUUUAACAUGGGACUGUUGAACCGUCCAAGUACAGAAAAUACAGGAUUUUUUGUACGCGCGUGCGUCCAAAUACAGAAAAUACAGAAAUUGUGUACGCACGUGCAUCCAAAUACCAAUAUAUAUUGUACGGUCACGUGUUGCAAAUGAACGUUCGCGAUUGGAUAGAUAAAAUAGGUAUAGAAUAAUGUGCGCUAUAAUUCAAAAUCAAUUAGUGAGGCGUGACUUAUCCGCUAUCCUCGGUGUUUACAGCAGUAUUGUUAUGAGCUAAAAGUGCAGACACGCCUCGAUGCAUAAAGUUGAUCUAUACUGAGGUGAGCGAUGUUUGUGUACUUUUAAUAAUGGAACGGUCCGUUAUUUAGGUAAUGUUAUCAAGUACAAUAGUGUUCUUACCUCAAUACGGCCAAGUAACUCAUGCUGACCUCUAAUCAGUAGAUGAGUAUAUAAGUUGAACCAUCAAACUAAAUGAUUUGCUGCUCACGUGAUGAUAGCGUCUAAAAAUACUGUCGCGUCUCGUUCUAUAUUUAUCAAUGUUUACAAAAUAAAGUGUUGUAACGGUUUAUAAAGGUUCAUGAGAAAAAGACUGCUAAAAUUCGAACGUUCCCGUAUUUCUGGAAACUAUAAACUGGUCAACCAUUGUUUCAUAUAAAUAUAUGAAAUAGUGGCGGCAUUUUGCCUUUCGGUGAUAAACUAUUUUAAAAAUUACAAAUCACAAUGUAUGUGUUAGUCGCUUUUAAAUUAAGGUGAUGUCACUUUUUGAAUUUCCGGUGAAUAACAAAAAACCAAAGAAUAUUCAGUUCUUUCCAAAAACUGUUAUAUUAUGAUUCAACCAAAUAGUUUCCAUUGUCUACCAGAAAGGAACAAUUCUUAUAUCUUAAUAUUGAGAUUUGAUACCUUUAUAACAGACAGUAGACUAAAACAAUAGACAUUCAUAUGUGACGUCGGGGAGCUCAGCAAAGCAAUUUCAAGCAUAAAUAUUAAUGUGGAAUGUAAAGUAAGUUACACACUACAAUAUCCGUCCAAGAUACUUUCAAAAACAAUGCAUUUGCAGAAUAGAGAGAUAAAAGUAAUUUUGACAGCUCGUGAAAACUAAUGACAAAUUUUGACAGGUAUAUGAUGACUCAUGACCUAAUUAAUUUUUUUCUGUUAUUUCUAACUUCCAGUUUGAUUUUCAUAAAAUGGGUAUUCUUUAUUGUAGCUUACAACUCGUACAUUAAAACAAUAAAUGAAUAUAUUGUUACCUCACUGUCGUUUUGUCUAUCCAUCUCUAUUGUUUCAGUCAUUUGUCAGUAAUUAGAGCAACUCACAGUGUUGCAAUCAUACAAAACACAUCCCUUAUUUUCACAUAGAUAUUGAGGAUUUAUCUAAUGAGCAGAUGUAUUGGAAACACAGUUUCAAUACCGACUGUGUAUUGUAAUAAUGCUAAACUAUCUCAGCCGUGACAUCUCCUUAAUGCAUUGUGAGCGACCACCUAUACACGAAUAGGGCAUUCCGCCACUGGGCUAACGAGAUUUUACAAAUCUUUAACUAG